CUUGGCUUCUUGUCUUGAUGGUUAUGUACUCUCGAAACUCGUUUAUUUAUCCUUGUUCUUACAUCUGUUUAAUAGUUCUUUCAUUCAUUGUCUCACUCUAUAAAACAUGGUUUAAGUUUGUAGCUAGAGAAAGGUGUUUGCUUCAGGUUCCGAGUUUAUAUUCAUCGUUUUGGAUUGGCUGAUGUUGUCUUAUAUUCCGACAAAGCUUGGAACUUUAUGUUCUGUCUUUGUCUGUUAAUUAGCAGAUAGACUUUGUUGUGCCUGCUCUGUUCAUGGUUGAGUGAUUGUGCUAUACAUACCAUUAUAAAGUCUGAGCUUUUAUUAAAAAAAAAUUCAAACUUUGGCAAUUUAGUGUUGAGGCAAACACUUGAUGCAAGUGCAAAGGCUUUAUCACUGAGUAGAUCUGUCAAAUGAGCUAACCUCUCUAAGGGGAUUCAAGUAGAAGGUUUUGUUGUUGGUGGUUUUAGUUGAGAGUCCACAACAUAAGGAGACAAAACAGUGAGAAAAAAAAAUGUCAAGCGUUGGAAACACCCACUGGUGUCAUAGAUGCGAGCGUGGUGUCCGGCUACACGGACGAGAGACUGUAUGUUCUUAUUGUGGAGGAGGGUUUGUUGAACUGCUUGAACUCCCUCAAGCCAGCCCGUUCGGUAUGUUCAGAUCUCACAGGGACGUUGCGGAACGUGAUCAUCAGGCUUUCGAUCUCAUGGAUGCUCUCUCCGACUUUAUGAGGGACCGAGAAAACAGAGCAAGAGGAGGCAUCAUCACUCCUGGUCUGGCUCCUCUGUUGAUCUUUGGUGGUCAGGUUCCUUAUAGACUAUCCGGAGUCGAAGCCCUCUUCAACGGCGGGUCGCCUGGCAUUGGCAUCACUCGUGGGAACACCGGAGACUAUUUCUUCGGUCCUGGUCUUGAAGAGCUCUUUGAGCAGCUUUCAGCUGGAGCUACUACUCGCAGAGGUCCACCACCUGCUCCGAGAACAUCAAUAGAUGCAUUGCCGACCAUCAAGAUCUCGCAGAGGCAUCUUAGGUCGUCUGACUCGAACUGUCCCGUGUGUAAAGACGAAUUCGAAUUGGGAGCAGAAGCCAAACAGAUGCCUUGUAACCACAUCUAUCAUUCUGACUGCAUUGUCCCGUGGCUGGUUCAGCACAACUCGUGUCCUGUCUGUCGCCAAGAGUUGCCAUCAGGUAGAGGAUCUUCGAGUAGUAGUCAAAACAGAACCAACACCCGAAACAGCAGAAGUGGUGGUAGUAGUAACAGUCGUGAGAGCAGCAAUGAGAGAAGGAACCCUUUCUCUUCCUUCUGGCCAUUUCGUUCGUCUGGUUCAGCUUCAAACUCCGCUCAGAACCGUGGAGGCACGAGAAACUCGGACACAACGGAUGAGAACCAUAACUACCAUCACCAGCAACAGCAACAGUCACAUAUGGGUUACAGAGGGUGGCCUUUUGAUUACUAAAGGUGAGCUAAAGUUAAAAAAAAAAAAGAAGACUUGGGUCUCGCUUUGUGUUCUAUGCUUUCCACUCUUCCUCAUACUCUCUUUAUCAACAUAAAUAAUGGACAAGUUGUAUCUUUUACUGUAGAUUUUCUACUUCUGUGUAAAACAGUUUAUCAUUUCCUAUAUGCUUUUGUGUCAA